AUGCGUUCGUUCAUGCCGCCUUUUUUGGUAUUCCGGCGAUGGGCAGCAGCUUGCCUCUCCCCGAGGGAGAAGCCUUUCGUCUGGCGCCUUCCUGGAGGCUCUCCCUGUGACCUCCUGCCGACUGUAGAACCUUUCGUCCGGCCCUAUUCUUCUUUGAACUUCGCGUUCUGCAGUGCACCGCGGCUGCAAACUCGGGAAGCGAGCGCCUCGACGACUUCUUCUAGGAGAGAACGCCUUCUGUAUGACGCUGUCAUUGUAGGCGGGGGCCCAGCAGGUCUGGCUGCUGCGAUUCGGCUCAAGCAAAUUGCAGCCGCGCAGCGCACCAGCAUUUCAGUUUGCCUGAUCGAAAAGGCAGCCGCGUUGGGAGGCCACAUAGUCUCGGGAAGCGUUUUAAAGCCAUCGGCCUUAGACGAGCUACUGCCAGGGUGGAGGAUUUUGCUUCGGGGGGAGGCUCCCUCUGAGGGGAGACGGGGGGAUCCGCUGGAAGGCGUGUCUGUCGAGCCUCACGCAAGUGCCUCGGCAAGUCUUCUUGGCGCGGUGCAAGAGGGCCAACAAAAGUUUCUCUUCGAAGAACCUCUCACUGCCAACGCAGGUGCCUUUCCCCAGAUGACUCCUGUGACGCAAGAUCGCCUUGUGUUCUUGCUGGAUGCCAAGCACUCGGUGUCUUUGCCCCGUCGCAUGAUGCCUUCGGUGCUCCGCAACGAAGGAAAUUUCAUCAUCUCUCUAGGCGCUCUCUGUCGGUGGCUAGGCGCCUACGCGGAGGCGUUGGGAGUCGACGUCUUUCCAGGCUAUGCCGCAGCAGAACUGUUGCUGCAAAGGCAAAAAGGGGAGGCUCUAGUACCCCUUUCUGCAGUCGCACCAGCAGCUAUACGCAGGGAGGGCUGGUAUGUUUCCGGUGUACGGACAGCCGACUGCGGCCUCGGACCCCAUGGCAAACCCCUCGCCUCCUUCACCCCCGGUGUGGAUGUGCAGUCUAAUUGUCUCCUUAUCGCGGAGGGCGUUAAAGGCUCUCUAGCAGAGCAGGUCGUCUCCGCUUUCGACCUCAGGCAAGAAACUUUGUGCCCGACAAAAUACGGCCUUGGGCUGAAAGAGGUGUGGAUGCUGCCCCCCUCUGCUCGGUUCCCAGGAAGAGUUCUGCAUACACUAGGCUGGCCCUUGUACUCCCGAGCGUUUGGAGGCGGCUUUGCAUACGAAACCCAAGGAGGCUGCCUCUCUAUAGGCCUCGUUAUUAGCCUAGAUUAUAAAGACCCCUACCUCAACCCCUAUUUGGAAUUCCAGCGUUUCAAGAGCCACCCCAUCCUGGCCUCGCUACUUGUCGGAGCGCGCUGUAUUUCGUACGGCGCGAAGUGCGUGUCAGAAGGCGGAUGGCAGGCCAUACCCAAGCUUGCGUUUCCGGGAGGCAUGCUGCUAGGCGACAGUGCAGGCUUCCUGAACGUCCCUGCAGUCAAGGGCGUGCAUCUGGCCAUGCGGUCCGGGAUUAUUGCAGCGCAAGAAGCAGCCGAAUUUCUACGAUCGGAGGCACCAGCCCCCAAGACAGUGAGGAAUGCCAAGCCAUGCUUUCAGUGGGGCCUAGUAGGAGGGUUGUUGGGAAGCUUUGUGCAUUUGGUCUUAACGAAGGGUUGCGAGCCGUAUACGCUCAAAUGGAAGAAGCGAGACAGCGAGAUGACGGAGAAAGCCGUGAAGCAUCAUCCUAUUGAAUACAGUCCUCCGGACGGGAUUCUUAGCUUUCCCCUAACUGAGAGCCUGGCCAGGAGCGGUGUCUGGCACCGAGAAGAUCAGCCUUGCCAUCUCAAAGUGCGAGAUGGGUUGCAAGAUGUUCCAGUGGAAAUCUCUCUCAAAGAAUUUGCUGCUCCAGAGAGCCGCUUCUGUCCGGCAGGCCUCUGCUGCCUAGUGUCCGUCUUGCGCGCACUCUCUGGCUCUUUUGCUUCAACCCCUGCUUUGUCAAGGCCCUUGCGCCUACUCCCGCCUUCUCCAGCUGUCUCUGCACUGAGUGCUUCUAGGGUUUAUGAGUACCUCGAGGACCCCUCCGGAAAGGCCUUUCUGCAAAUCAAUAAGCAAAAUUGCAUCCACUGCAAAUGCUGCGCCAUUAAAUGCCCCAAAGACUUUAUUGAGUGGACAGUACCGGAAGGAGGAGGAGGCCCCAACUACAGCAACAUGUAG